UGGCUAAUGUUGCUGACGUUAGAAGCAAGGGCUGUUCUGGGCAUCUGCCACAUGGAGUUCGACAGCCUGGCGAGCAAGUCGGGCAACUUCUCGUCGCCUCAGUACCCGGAGCCGUACCCGGCCAGCAUUCACUGUUACUACCUCUUCAAGGGACAGGAGUCCGAAACGCUCAAGAUCACAUUUCUACACUUCGACCUCGAACCGCCGUUUUCCAAGGGGUGCCUCAACGACUUCGUGGACAUCAGCACCAUAAGUGUAACCAACGUGCGGCAGCUGGUCGGGCGGUACUGCGGUGUCGAGGUUCCCGUGCCGCUUCUCACCAUGAAGCCGCGAAUGGAGAUCAUCUUCAAGACAAACCACGCCCACGAGCGCACUGGUUUCUUCGGCAUGUACCAGUUCACGGACGAGAGUUUCAUCAAUCCGCCUCAAUCCACGCGAAACGUGACUGGUUGCGGCGGCACGCUGACUGGCGUGGGCGGUGACCUGGUGUCUCCGGGUUACCCGGAGACUUUCCCCAAGGACGUCGAUUGCAACUGGCUCAUACGUGUCGACUAUGACAAGCACAUUUAUAUCCGCGUCCUAGAGCUCCAGCUAAAGGGCAGCAUUGCGAACUGUGGCGAAGCGGAGCUUGCCAUUUUCGACGGUUACUCGAACUUGAAGGUGAAUCCUGUACAGCUCAAACGCUACUGCGGCGAUCUCAAAUACUACAAAAAUACUGAUGAGAAAACUGAGCUGUCCAAGAGGAAUCGAAUUCUUGUGAGAUUAAGAACAACCGUGGCCUCUCCUAUCAAGCAGCCCGGCCAAAUAAUUGGCUUUAAGCUUGUGUGGACGGCCGUAACGUUUCAACCAAAAGACGUCUGUAAGGAGUACACCUGCCCCAAGAGCCAGUACUGCAUGAAUUCGGAAUCUCGGAGCUGCACUGAAACGAGAGAGUACUGCAUCGAUAGGUCAUUAGUAUGCGAUGGACUGCCCAACUGUAGUGGCGAAGACUUCAGCGAUGAAGAUAAAUGCAACCUACCGCUGCUGGCUGGCUGCGGAGCCGGCGCCGGCGUCGUCCUUCUGUGCGUGGUGAUCGCGGUCAUCCUGUGCCGACGGCAUUCGCGGCGAGCGGGCCAGGCGUCGCGAAGCCUGUCGCUGCCGCUUCGCGAGCUCGAACACAGCCCCACGUGCGCCGCGCGACAGACGCCUUUCCUGCCCGAGCUCAACUGCAGCGUACACCGGCCGCAGCACCUGCCGGGACCCGUACCACCGGCGAGGCCACCGCCGUUCGCCAAGCCCCGGCGAUCGCCCACCGACGUCUAGAUGUGUUCGCUCGGCGACAACAAACUGCACCGACGCAGCUGUCCCAACUGCGUAUCGUGAACGUCUGCCCUUUCUAGGAACAAAACCUUUCUACGGCCUAGUUCGCGAUGUAGUUUCGCGCAAGUCGUGAACUGUUGAGGUGUAUGCAACGGGGUGCAGAAGCGCUACAUACCCUGGCAACGUGCGAAAGCCGAAAAGUUGA